CCCUCUACCUGCACAAUAAAGAAACACAUUUUGCUCCACAGUGCCUGCAUACGAGAUUUAAACUGGCAAUUCAAGGUGCUUUGUUCCAGGCAUCACCAAUCCUUACACCCACAGCGCAGAACAAAAAAAAAGGAUAAGCAUGUCCGCAGGGUUAGAGAUUCUUGGGUUGGCCCUGUGUGUGUUCGGGUGGAUAGCUGCCAUCAUCACCUGUGCACUGCCCAUGUGGAGAGUGACCGCUUUCAUCGGCAGCAACAUUGUGACAUCUCAGACCAUCUGGGAGGGACUCUGGAUGAACUGUGUGGUGCAGAGCACCGGGCAGAUGCAGUGCAAGAUCUACGACUCCAUGCUGGCUCUCCCCCAGGAUCUCCAGGCAGCCCGAGCCUUGACCGUCAUCUCUAUCAUUCUGGCACUCUUGGCCAUCUUGAUCUCCAUCGUCGGGGCCAGGUGCACCACCUGCAUUGAGGACGAGGGGAGCAAAGCUAAGGUCAUGAUCAUAUCGGGAGUCUUGUUCAUUAUUGCUGGGGUCAUGCAGCUUAUCCCAGUCUCCUGGUCUGCCAACACCAUCGUCAGGGACUUCUACAACCCUUUGCUCACUGAUGCCCAAAGAAGGGAGCUUGGCUCCUCUUUGAUAAGCAUGUCCGCAGGGUUAGAGUUUCUGGGGUUGGCCCUGUGUGUGUUCGGGUGGAUAGCUGCCAUCAUCACCUGUGCACUGCCCAUGUGGAGAGUGACCUCUUUCAUCGGCAACAACAUUGUGACAUCUCAGACCAUCUGGGAGGGACUCUGGAUGAACUGUGUGGUGCAGAGCACCGGGCAGAUGCAGUGCAAGAUCUACGACGCCAUGCUGGCUCUCCCCCAGGAUCUCCAGGCAGCCCGAGCCUUGACCGUCAUCUCUAUCAUUCUGGCACUCUUGGCCAUCUUGAUCUCCAUCGUCGGGGCCAGGUGCACCACCUGCAUUGAGGACGAGGGGAGCAAAGCUAAGGUCAUGAUCAUAUCGGGGGUCUUGUUCAUUAUUGCUGGGGUCAUGCAGCUUAUCCCAGUCUCCUGGUCUGCCAACACCAUCGUCAGGGACUUCUACAACCCUUUGCUCACUGAUGCCCAAAGAAGGGAUUUUGGCUCCUCUUUGUAUAGUGGAUGGACUGCAGCAGUUCUCCUGAUCCUAGGCGGGGCCCUUCUCUGCUGCUCCUGUCCACCUCGGGAAAAUAAAUAUGCCCCAUCGAGAAUGGUUUAUUCUGCUGCCAGAUCCAACCCACCCAGUGGCUAUGACAAGAAAGACUAUGUCUAAACCUCAAAACCGGCUUUGCUUUGAAGCUCCUCUAUCAUACCUGCUGUUAUAAAAAAAAAAAAAGUGUUUAAAUGGACAAAUGGAAGAGACUCCGCAAUGAAGGUACUGUUUUCUGUUGCUGGUGUUUUUGUGUGUUUUCUUUUCAGUCUGUAGCCCCCUGUAGAUUUCAUAGAGCUUGUGGUUUGGGGUGCUCUGAAGAUCUACUGGUGUCAAAGGUGGUUUUUUCCACUGGACCUUAAUGAUCCCUAUUGGAGGUACUGGUUAUUGAUUUCCCAUUUCAAUUGGCCAGUAUUUGACCAUUUUGUGUCGCUUGUUUUUAUAUUCUAGCAAGUUAGUUGCAAGUGUAAAUUGUAAAGCUUAGCUACCAGAACCAUACCAGUUCUCUGAUAAUGGCUGUCAAGGAGCGAGUAGGUUCAUUUGUCUUUUGUUUUGUUUAUUUGUCGCAUGUAUUUAACAAACAAACAAACAAACAAAAAUUACCUGAAGAAUGUUCUCUUUCAAUGUUAUUGUUUAGUGAUUUCUGUGUGCAAAUGAACCGCAGCUACAUAUGAAAAAAAGUGUAUUUUACAAAAUUAAAUAAUAAUUUACAGUUUUCUUUUGUUAUUGAUAAACUGAUAUAAUUUCAUAGGGGUUAAUGUUUCAUUGCUGCAAGAAUGUGCAUGAAAUGAAAGGGAAGCCUUAAGGUACAAAUCAUUAAAAUAACACCUGAAAAUAUCCAAAAAGAACGUUUGCUCUGAGGAAAGACAUGGUAGCUGAAAUCCUUUUUAAGUGGACAGCAUGGACAGCAUGAACUGCAUUGAAUCAUUUUGUAAUUCAGUUUGAAUAUAGAAAUACAUUCUAAACGGUUUCUUUGUUAGUGACAAUGUGAGUAACAGAGACCCAAACAACACUUCAAAUCUGAGGAGGUGUCAUUUUACUCUUUGCAGAUAUUGUGAAGAUGCAGAAACUGCCCCAACAUUUUAGCAUUAAGAUUUGAGAUUUAAACAGAGGACAACGAGACACAUCUGUAUUUUCACCUGAAUCUAAGAACCAUUGUUUAUUGCUCUGUAAAGGAAAGGCACUGCAUUAUAGAUUGAUGUUGUUCUUCAUUGUUCCAUACAUUUGUUUGAUAUUUUCAAGAACAUGCUAUAUGGUUUGUGCAUUUCUUUGUUUACAAUGAACAGCGUCUCUAUUAAAGGGUACAUAAGGACCUUUUUAUUUGAUUGAGUUACAUGUUCCCACGUGUUGCUACAACUGUUUAUGUAAGGUGUGUGUAUUGUUUAAAUUAUUUUUUUUUUUUUACAUUUUUACCACUUUUUUAAACUUUUAAAUUGCAUUCCCUGCCUCAUGAUGGCUUCCCAUAUAUCCGCAUGGACCUCUCAGAACUACAUUUCCCAUCAUCCUCCUGCUCACUGGUAAAUCCAUCUCAGGUCCUCAUGCACCCUUUAAGAGCACAUCUUUCUUAGAGUACGGAUAUAUCGCUGGUGAAUGAGGAUUAUGAACCCGCUGUAUGCUGUGUGUAUUAUAAUGUCCUGUUGUGUGUAUGUACAAAGCCCCAUUGUAUCUAUGUCUUCUCACAAGUUGCAGCAUUCAGAGAUUGGAGAGGAUCCUCGUGUGGAAGUUGUCACUGGAUGCCAAGGGACUUGUGUGCCUUUGUGUACAGAUGGGACUAUGUAAUGUAUCCAAUAUUUGCCUCGCUUUUCACAAGGAGCUCUCCUGCAGCACUGUUUGUUUUAAAUAAUAAUAAAAAUAUAUAACUGA